AUCCUGCUUUUUACUUCUAUUAAACACAUAUCUGGUUUGGUAAAAAGAAUAAACAUUCUGUAGCCCUUGUCUUGAUUGUGCAGGAAAGAGUUCACAGGCCCGAGACUGCUGUCCUCAGAGAGGCUUGUUUGUGAGGUUGGCCCUUGGCUGGCGUGUAGGAACUUUGAUUUUGGGAGAGUUCCACCAUUUCCUAACUGAUAGAAAUGGAUCUCUGUGCCUAAACUGUUUGUGCAAACGAUAUGGUUUAUUCUGGAUACCUGCUUUCUUUCUGGGAGUCUGGAGGUUUUGGAUGUGCCAGCCAGAGGCUGCCUAUGUGCCUGAGCUCUGAUGAAAACCCUGAAUUCCCUGGCUCAGGCCAGCUUCCCUGGUGGAGCACCACCUCACACGACUUGUCACAGCUGCUGCUGGGCAGUUAAGUGCUUUACGGGUGACUCCCCUGGAAGAGGCCCUGUGGACACUUGUGCCUGGUUUCCUUGUACACUUUGCUCUGUGCACCCUUUUUCUUUACUGAUUUUGUUUUGUACCCUUUUUCUGUAACAAAUCUCAGCUGUGAAUACCACUGUAUGCUGUGUCCUCUGAGUCCUCUGUGUGAAUCAUCAAACCUUGGGAGGCAGGGAUCUUAGGGGCUCCUGACACACCUGAGUGGUGUAACUCUACAUGGCACUUUAGGAGCACUUAUGCUCUUAUGUAAGACGUUGGAGCCAAUGAACAACAAAAUUAAAAAUAACAACGGGAGUUCACAUCUAAUGAGGUAAUACUGUAUGUCAGGACUGUGUUGAGGCUUCAAUAUAUUAUCUAAUUGAUUUCAUCCUCAUAAGAGUAGUCUCCAUGAGGUAGGUGCAAUUAUCACCUCAUUUGCAGAGGAGGAAACUGAGGCUCAGUGAGGUCAAACGAAUGGCCAGGGUCACACUGCUAGUGUGUGACAGAGAGCCAGAUCUCAGCCCAGGCUGUCUGGCUCCAGGGACCACUCCCUUGUUUGGUUUUUCUGUAGCAUGAAGGCCUUUGUUGGCUUUAGGAAGAUCUCCCUUAGCCUUCAGCUCUCAGCUCAGUACUCUUUGACCUCCCCAGCUAGGUUACUCUCCUUGGUGUAGAUUCUUCCAGCCCCUUUGUUUUACACCCCUGUUUCUUUGUUUUACACCUCUUCUUGGAGUUUGAAAAUACGUGAUUUCUGUGAUGAUCCAAUCAAGGUCUGCUUCUCACAGUAAGUUUAAAGUUCCAUAAAAGCGGAGGCGGAGGUGGCAUGGUGAGUUCUUGCCUAGCAUGGCAUCUGGCAUGGUGAGUCCUCAGUAAGUGGUGGAUGGCAGUGCCAUAGAUGGAGCAUAGGUCAAGGCUUCCUGUGACCAGCCUCUGGUGGGCCUAAGUGGUGCAACAUAUGCUACUCAGGACAGGGAUGGAGUGUUGAGGAACAGUGAAUGAUUCACAGAGGAAAGUAUUUGAGCUGAGUUUUGAAGGAUAUAUAAGAGUUUUCUGUGUAAUGAAAGAUGAUGUGAACUGAGGUGAGAGGGUCAGAAGGAACAGCAUGAGCAAAGGCACAGAGGUAUAAAAGGUCAGGGGACGUUACUCUUCAUGGGUUCUGUGCAUUGCUUUCCUUUGGUCUUUUGUGACCUAUAGAACCUGCUUCCAUGCACUUUCAGGCCCCCAGAUAGAUCCGGGUACUCUCAAAUUCUUGGCCCUAAGAGCACCAUUUAAAUCCUUCCUAGCACAUACCUAUGCCCCAGAAAGGCCCUGGCACAGUUUAGGGAGCAUACUAAUGAAACGUGACUCUUAGCUGUCAGUGUGCCCAGUGCAGAGUUCAAAGGAAGAAAUGGAGACAGAGCAAAUUGCUGAGGUCAUGGGAGAGUCCCCAAGCCAGGAAGCUGGGCUUUAAACCACAGCUGGAAGUGCCUCAAGCAGCUUUUCUCUUAGCUUCUCUCCCCUGUCUGCCCAGCCUGUCAUGGGGACAGAAUGGGCUGAGAUGGAACACAUGCAGGAGAUAUUGCCCUCUGCUCCCAGGGCACCUGGAAGGCUGGUAUUACAGGAGCCAGUGCCCAAGUGGAGAAAUGUCCGUGGCCAUAAUAUUCUGGGUCUGCUGUACCGCGAUGCAAGUCGAUGGGGCUUCACGCUGCAGACGUAUGUACAGCUCACCAUGCUGGACCACCACACUCGUCCCCAGACAUCACCAGUACGAUUGAUGGAGCGGUCGAUUCACAGCGCGAGAUACGUUUUUGUAGAAAACCUGUAUAGAAGUGGGAAGAUGCCUGAAGUGGACUAUGUGAUUCUGUCAGAAUGGUUUGAUUGGAUCGUGAGGAACAUCGACGUGUCCAUUGACUUGAUAGUUUAUCUGCGGACCACCCCUGAGACCUGUUAUCAGAGGUUACAGAUGAGAUGCAGGGAAGAGGAGACGGUCAUCUCCCUGGAAUACCUGGAUGCUAUUCACCGCCUCUAUGAGGAGUGGCUCUUCAAAGGAGGCCUUUUCCCUGUGGCAGCCCCUGUUCUGGGCAUGUGGAGGAGCACCAGUGCCGUCCUGGGCUGUUACCCAGCGAUGCCUUUAGGAGGUGCUGAGGUGAUCGAGGCUGACCAUGACAGGAAGAAAAUGUUAGAACUCUUUGAACAAAACCGGGACCGCAUACUAACUCCAGAGAAUCAGAAAUAUGGCUCAUAGGACAGGAAAGAUCAUGCCAGAAAAAUGCCCACCGCUGCCAAGUUAGCUAUUAGGAGCAAUUUGGAAAAAUCCGCUUUCUAGAGGGCUUUAUAUUUGGACACGUUGUUUUCCUGAUGGUCUCUUCCUCUUUGCUAGGGUCUUCAUCCUGGGUCUCUGGGUCCUUGCAGGUAAAUGACAAAUGGGACCAGUGGGUUUGUCAUGCUCUUUGGUGUUCGUAGCCUUACAUUCCCCCGGUGCCUCUCUUCAUGGUUUCCCACUGCUGGGUCCCCUCUGAUUAUGGGAAGAGCCUCCUGAUGGAUUUGGGGUGUCUAAUCCUUCCCGCCACCCAGGAGGUUGAGGCAGUGGCCCUUACCUCCCAGAGAGGAAGUUGAAGCUCAGAGAGGCUAUGGGGCUCCCCAGAGUCACACAGCCAGUGACAGUGGAGUUGGCACACUUCAGACUUUUGACGACUGAAACAUUCUCUGCCUCUCAUCCUGAGAGCCUGUCUUCCCCUGCUAGAGAUCUCACGUCCAUGUGGGGAGAGCCACCAGUGCGUGGAGCCAGCAUCCUCAUUUUUGCAUUAUUUAGCAGUUCUCGAGGACAGUAGGCAUUCCUAGACCUUCACAAAAUUGUGCUGUGUUUGGCUUGAGCCCAGUGUCCGGUGGUUUCCCGGCAUGAGACUGUCACGGCAUUUACCACCUCGUCACCUGGACUUCCAUGUCCUUGGGAGAAUCAUGCUUUGGUUCUGCAUGGUGCGUGGUCUCCUUGGUGACAAAGGCCUGUCCUGAGCUGCUACCAAUUCCAUGUCAGGGAAAUGGCUUUUGCUGCCUGGGUGCUUUGCCUGGUGCCAGGCUGGGGCAAGCGGCCACCAGUGCCCUGGCUUCUGAGGCUCCCUUGGUCUGAUGGCCUUGCGUGAAGAGCUUUGUCCUUGGAAUUACUGAGAGUCUGUAGCCUGUGUGAGAGACCCAAGUGGCCUUAAGUCUUUUUGAAAUGUUUUUUUCAUGAAGGGAACACCUCGAACCGUAGAGCAUGAACUCAUCUUUAUUGGUUCAGAAAAUAUCUUAGCUUCUCUCAGCUGCAACAGGACAUCAAAGCCAUAGCUGUCUCUUGAGUCCAGUGGGAAGUAAGAGAGAAAGAACAUUCUCUUAGGAGACAGUGUGGACAGGAAGGUCAGGGCUUGCAAGCAAAGGCUCUUGGAGCACUGGUACUCUGGAUAUUUUGGAAGUGGGUGGAGAGAAGAAUACUGUUGUCAACAUGGAGAAGGGUCAGUUGUGAGCUUUGGAGAAACGGCCACAGCUCUCCUGAGCAGCAGUUGGUGUAAACGAAGGUUGGAAAGCCUCGUCCCAGCCUCUGCGGGAGUGUGGCGCCUGUGCAUGCCGCUUUCUGACUCCACGGGCGCUAAGGUGCUCUGGUGCGCCAGUCCCAGAGGGAGCAUUAAGGGGGCAAGGCUGGGACUCCUGGACCAAUCUUGGGCUAUGCGGGCAGAAUGAGGGGCAGCCCCGUGGGGCCGUGUCUCUCAGCCCAAACGUCAGUGCCUGACUAGACGCCCAGGGGAGGCAAGAGCCUAUGCUGCUGGGGAUCUUGAUGAGCCAGGGCAGUCUUUGGGAAAUUGUAGAUGAACAGUCUAGUAUUUUCCCCACAGCUCAAUUUGAGCAUCUGUUUUGGAGGAAAUGUGAUUUUAAAAAAUAAGCCUUGCUCUGUGGUAGAUCUCAAUAAAUCCUUCACUGAAAACCUGAGGUUAAUUUUGGAGUGGUUCUCAGCCAGUGAUUUUAGCUCCCUGCAGCAUCCUUUUGCCCAUAGGGUAAUAUGUUUUCAUUUUCUAAACCCUGUCUUUCCUUAUGUGGGAUGUUUGGGUCCAAAAGAGCUCGCCAUCAUCUUGCUCGGGCAUGAUGGAGAGGAUGCUGCGUACCUGCUGCGGCCAGUGCGGGUGAUAGAAAUCUCUCAGCCCAUGUGUAUCACACAAAAUGGCUGGUGCCCAGCUUGCACAUACGAGGGUUGCCUUCCCUAUGUGGCAGGCAGGGCUGGAGACAUCACGGGUCACGGAGCAGGGCAGGAGAAGGGCAGAUGGUACAUGGUAGGCACGAGACCUAGUUUUUAGAGCAGAGGAAGAUGCCCCCCAGGGACUCCCAGGAAUGGCUCAGAGGAGCAUGGCAGGGGCUGGCUCCUUGAAUUGCUAAUGGGCAAGCCAGGGCAGUGACAUUCCAGAUUUAUUGAUGUUGCCCCAUUCUUACCCUUAGGUGGGGUUCUGUAGGGCGAUUCAUGAGUACACCCCAGAGUUGCCUCAGCUGCUUUGACUUGUGGUACUUAAAAGAAAAUCUUGAAUAGCAUAUACACCUUCUUGUACUCAGCAUGUUUAGUGAAAUAAUUCUAAUUUAUACUUAAGCUUUUUAAUUUUAUAUGCAAAAUGCAUAAUUAGAAUAAUUCAAAAUUUGUUCAUGUACCUGGUGAUUAAAAGAAAAUGAGAAGUG